ACAUGAGUCGAGACGAAGGAAACAUUCUCCGCAAGCCAGCUCUAGUCCAUUUACGCCACGUGUAAUAUCACCGGGGCAGGCCCGUAUGCCCAGCUGUUGUUCCCGGUGAAAAAACUCACGAGGCCCAAAAUAUGAUCCAGGUUCAUUCCCUCGUCUUCGUCUGCCACCCAGUCACAAAGGGAAGCCUUCAUCAUAAUUAUCUCUCCAUUCCUGUCUAGUUUGUACAUACAUCUCCAUUGUGCAAGGUUCAGGGACUCAGUUGGAAAAAAGGAGACCUUAUUCUUUUUUUCAAAUUUUUUCUAUGGAAAGGUCUGCUUCUGCUCCACCAUCGAAUCAGCCAAGGCUUCGUUAUUUCCGUUGUAAUUGCUUUAGAAACUGUUGCCGCUGUUUCUGUUGCUUUUACACCUUCCAUUAAAGGGCUGUACGCUCUUCCCCACCUGAAAAAGUUUCCCCAAACACUUCAAUUUUUAUAAAAUUCCCCUUUUUUUAGGGUAAUGGAUUUAUCUCACGCUGAAUCGGGUCUGUCUCUGGGUUUUACUAAAACUUCCAUUGCAGACGAUUCGAUUUCGCUUCAAAUCGACACCAGCUGUCGCUGCUCAUCGAACCCGGUCCGGCCCAUUCCGUUACAAUUCCUCGAAAGAAAAGACGAAGGUGCCUCUUGGUUCGAGAACGGCGCGCACAUAAAUCACAUCAAGGAAGAUGAAGAAAUUAGGAUUUUAGGGCAAUCCAUGUGCGUGAAAAGACAUAGGGAUUCCCAAUCUGUUUCCAACAUUUGUAAACGGUUAGCUACCGAGCCCGGUCUGGACCAAAGACGAGCCGCGGUCCGGUCAUGGGGAAACCAACCGCUCGAAGAGGCGGAUCCGGAAUUGAGUGAAAUCAUGAACAAGGAAAAGCAAAGGCAAUUCUUUGGAAUUGAGCUUAUUGCUUCUGAAAACUUCGUGUGCCGAGCUGUGAUGGAAGCUUUGGGAAGCCAUUUGACGAACAAAUACUCCGAAGGAAUGCCUGGAGCAAGGUACUACACGGGCAAUCAUUUUAUUGAUCAAAUCGAAACCCUAUGUCACGAGCGUGCAUUGGCAGCUUUUAGUCUUGAUUCCGAGAAAUGGGGAGUCAAUGUACAGCCAUAUUCAUGUACUUACGCGAAUUUCGCUGUUUAUACCGGACUUUUGUUGCCAGGUGAUAGGAUCAUGGGGUUGGAUUCACCAUCCGGAGGGCAUAUGAGUCAUGGAUGGUAUAUGCCGGGUGGGAAGAAAGUAUCUGCUGCUUCCAUAUUUUUUGAGAGUUUUCCUUAUAAGGUGAAUCCGCAAACAGGGUAUAUUGAUUAUGAUAAGCUUGAGGAGAAGGCACUUGAUUAUCGGCCUAAGAUACUUAUUUGUGGUGGUAGUUCAUAUCCUAGGGAGUGGGACUAUGCUAGGUUUAGGCAGAUUGCGGAUAGAUGUGGAGCAGCGUUGAUGUGUGAUAUGGCUCAUAUUAGUGGUCUCGUGGCUGCUAAGGAAUGUGCCAGUCCAUUUGACUACUGUGAUAUUGUUACUUCAACAACUCACAAAAGUCUGCGGGGCCCAAGGGGAGGUAUAAUCUUUUACAGGAGGGGUGCAAAAUCAAGAAAACAAGGAAUGUCUCUCAGUAAUGGUGAUUGUGGUAGUCAGUAUGAUUUCGAGGAAAAGAUAAACUUUGCUGUUUUUCCAUCAUUACAAGGGGGACCUCAUAAUAAUCAUAUUGCCGCUCUUGCCAUAGCCUUAAAGCAUGUGGCUACACCAGGGUACAAAGCAUAUAUGCAACAGGUGAAGAAAAAUGCUCAGGCUUUAGCAUCUGCUCUGGUGAGAAGAAAAUGCAAAUUGGUUACCGGGGGCACUGACAACCAUUUGUUGCUCUGGGAUCUCACUACCCUAGGUUUAACAGGUAAAUGCUAUGAGAAAGUUUGCGAGAUGUGCCACAUCACUCUCAAUAAAACUGCUAUAUUUGGUGAUAAUGGUGCUAUUUGUCCUGGAGGAGUGAGAAUUGGUACUCCUGCUAUGACAUCGAGAGGUUGUUUAGAGUCCGAUUUUGAGACAAUCGCUGACUUUCUUUAUAGAGCAGCUCAGAUUGCCAGUGCUGUGCAGAGGGAACAUGGAAAAUUGCAGAAAGAGUUUCUCAAGGGUCUUCACAAUAAUAAAGAUAUUGUUGAUCUUCGGAAUCGGGUUGAGGCAUUUGCUGCUCAGUUUGCAAUGCCUGGAUUUGAUACUUGAAGAUUUAUAAAGAUGGCAUGCAUGCUACUUGGCAUCAUUUUCUUGCAUCUCUGGCAUACUAUCACAUGUGCUUUUGGUAAUCCGUUCUGUUUUGCCCAUCCACAUUUUCUUAAUGAACUCAUGUAAAUUACAGUAAAUAGGUUAACAUUUUUGGAUAUGUUUCCAAAAUUUAACAGAAAUCACAUUACAUUGUCUGAACCAGCUGUGUUUUUGUAACUUUUGUAAUUUUUGUAAAAUGUCAUACAGAGCCAUUUCUUUUAAAAUAGUACUUAUAAUAUUUAUGAUGCAAGCAUAUUUUAUGAA